AUGGGCUACCGCGAGUUCAAAGCCGAUCUGGCUGCCGCAAAAGGCAAAAAAUACGAUCGAAUCUCGCGCCUUCGCGGCGGUGACUCAGAUGGCGAGAUCACUUUCCUCUACGAGCACGAUGAGCCACUAUGCCAAAUCGAAAUCCAAGUCUUCAUUCAAGAUGUCGAAAACUACCCCAAUAGUCGCGCCGUGCUGCUAUUCACUGUCUCCGACGACGUUGACAAGGGUCUCGUCGACCGCCUCCAGAGAACGACACCUCACCUCGUCGAAAAGUCUAUCCACGGUGCCCUUACGGAAUUCUCGAGGCAGAUGGCCACUCCCAAUUGCGAACCACCCGCUGAAGAGCCCACUGAAGCCAUGUCCCCGGAUUCUGAAGACGAGCUCACCCCUUCAGUGCAGUCAGAGUCAUGGGGAUUGUCUGAAUUGGAGUCGGAUGAUGAUGAGGAGACAUUUCUCAAGAGUCACCGCCUCUCCUCGAAGACGAAGACGGAAGAUCAUGCACCAGUAGUCAUCCAGCAGAGAGACGCUACAGAACAGCAACGAAAAGACUUACUUCAAGCAAUGCAUCGUGGAUUUUCCAUCGGCGUCAAUGGCCGCCGCGAGGACCAGCUCGGCGACAUCUUUUCCUUGGCCGUAAAGGUCUCGGAGUUGGGACUGACAGAUAAUGGCCUCGCCUGGAGCUUGAAGCCCACCGACUACGUUGUGAUGCUCUUGAAAUUCCCCCAUGGUUACCCUUCGCCUUCGGAGUAUCAGAGCCUUCGUGGUAAGCAGUCAGUUGCCCUUGUUCGGUUUGGCAAAUGCUGCUCCGCGAAGCCGUCCAACGUCUCUGCCCAAGCAGCUUUUCACAACGAUGCAAAAGGCAAAGCCCCAGUACGUCAUACCGCCUAUGACUCGGCACCAUUCAUCCCACUAUAUCUCUUCAACUCCAUCACGAAGUCUCUCAAUGAAGACCUUCCGACCCUGUUGCAUACGCGGAGAGCCCAUGGGAUUUCGUGGAGCGCGGCGCAAAUCUUGCUUCACCGGGAAUCAGAAGGCUCUCAUGUUCGAGACGACGCAUACCGCUCCACCACAGUGGACCAUGUCGCCGAAUUGAAGGAUGAACGACCAUCGGCAACACCCACCCACUGGGUCUUAUCCCAGGACGACGCUCUGGUGGGCGAAGAACAGUUGAAUAUUCCCUUGGUGCUCAUGCAGUUUGCCCUUCAAAGCAUCAUCAAGAGUGGCAAGUUUUGUAUCAACUGCCAUGAGCACCUGGAGGAGGGUUUUGAGGCUAUGAAGCCGUAUGUCUGCUCACGCCCAUUAUGUCUCCACCAGUACUUUUCAUCCGGCCUUGGCCCAGGUAUCGAGCACGACAUACUCACGGCCCCUUACGUCGUCGAUCUGGUCAUCAGCUUCUUCUAUGCGGCGGUCAUGAGUCACCGUAUCCGCGAGUUGCCUAAAGGACUCGGGCUUAAGACGUUCCGCCCUGGCACUCCCGAAUCCCCGCGCCAGAAUCACGAAGCAACGGCCUGUUUUGUGACAAGGGCUGCAAAAUGUGACUUUGCUUAUCCAAGUUUCCAGAAGGGAGAGAGACUGUUGAUGGUUGUCAGGGAUGGGAAAUUCCUUGCCGGAAAGCCAAUCCUAUCAAGCCUUGCCGAGAGGCACCUGUGUGAGGUGACAAAAUUAAGCAUGCAUGGGUUCGAUUUCAAGAUCCUCCAGACCUGGACAGCAAAUUUGGGAGACUUGGUCGACUCUCAGGGUCAUAAGUCGCGGGAUCGGUCAUCACCGAAAAAAAUAUGGAAGAGUGUAUACGUGUACCGCUGCGUCAAUCAGUUCGAUGAUCUCAAUGAGAGUGAGCGUCAUGACGCGUUGCUAAUCAUGGCUUGUGGCAUCCCGCCUGUCACCAAAAUGCGAGAGUUUCUACAGGCAAAUCCCUCCCAGAAGUUGUCUUCUUGGUCUCGCCUUGACCAUCCGACUUAUAAACUACUGCAUUGGAUUGUCGCCUCCAACAGAUCACUCAUUGUGUACGAUGAUCACGGAAGAGACAUAGAAGUCCCAGGCGGCACCAAAGUCAUCGGGAUGGAGGAAGGUUGGAUGCAAUUCAGAUUCCUGCAGGGCUCCCCAGAGAAAGAAGUCAGAUUCAUGGAGCAGAUAGCGUCCGCGUUUCCCGAAGACCCAACAUCUCCCUCCACGGCGAUCCCGACCUUGUUCGCAUUCCAUGGCAGCCCACUGGGUAACUGGCACAGCAUCAUUCGAUCCAGUCUUGACCACACCCGGUCAGAGAACGGGCGGGCCUACGGCAGGGGUGUCUAUCUCAGCAACAAGUUCGAUACAAGCAUCCACUACUGUAGGCCCAAGAACGUCAUGGGUUUUAGCCCCAUGAUGGAUGAACACUGGCCGCGUUCAGUGCUGAAGGUUGCUUCUGCGAUUGCCAUUUGCGAAGUGAUCAAUCAGCCUGCUAAAUUUGUAUCUGUGAGCCCACACUAUGUGGUCGAGGAUAUUGAUUGGAUCCAAUGCAGAUAUCUCUUCGUCAAGGUUGGCGAGGCCGUGCCAAAGAUCGAUACCCCAAUCGUGUCUCAAAUUUCACCGGGCUAUAUCAGGCAGGAUCCUAUCCGGAAGCUUCGCGGAAAGCUGGAGAUUCUGAUCCCAGCAUCAGCAAUCCCUGUCUCACGGCUGAAGAUGUUCCCUCAUCUCACUGCUCGAAGUCUUCCAAGUGAAUGGACGAAUAAUUCAGGCUCCCAGAAGGAGAGUGAGCCUCUCCAAGGAGAAGACUUGGACGGCCUACUUUACUCAGCCGGCGACAUGAGCGAAUAG